AUGACAGCUGGGAGGAAGGCCUCGGUUUACAUAUUCAAAUUUCCCGGAGGUAAAGACGUUAAACAUGAUGGUGGAAAUAAAUAUCACUAUUGUGACAAAGAAAAUGAUGGUGAAAGAGUGGAUAUAACCCUGGAAACGGAUCCUGUAAAGUUCCCGGGGUAUAACAAACUGGUUCACAAGCCCUUUACUUCAGGGGUAAAGAUUCAGAGUAUCAAGUAUUAUGAGGAAGCCUCAGGUGACUUUAAUUAUUCCUUGGAUAAAUGUACUAGCGUCUCUGUCUAUUACUGGGAAAGGGAUGAUGGUUAUGAGAAACUGUUACUCCUGGAGGUAGAAACUACUGACAAUGGAAAGAAAUACUACGUCAUGGGAAAGACAACUGAGUGGAAAGAUACCAAUAUACAACAUGAUGACCUCUUUACAUUGCUUGAAAGAGAAAACUGUACUAUGAACAAAGCCCAUCACAUCAAUAUUUCCAAGAAAGACGGACAACCUUAUGAUUGUCAUUCAUGUGAUCACCAAAUAAGAGCUAGCUCUUUUAAUUUCAAGGGUGAAUAUAGAAAAGUUACCCACGAACCUAAUGAUGGGUAUGUUGGAAGGAUAACGGAUGGUGAAGGGAAUAUUAACGAAAUAGAUCUACCUGCGGAUGUUACGACUGUUGAAGUUUACUGGUACCCAAAUCUAUCAGAAGGACCGAUUCUCAUUGAGGUAAAGGGAGUUUUGGAAAAGGGUGAUACUUCUAUAAGACUGUCAGAGUGGUACAGACUUUCUACAAAUGGUAAAACCUGGAGAACAACGGACCCACCUAGAGGCCGUUUGGAGGGCAGUGAUCCGGUUUUAGCGCUCCUACAUCAAAUUGACAGGGAGCUUAACCCUCACUUUUAUCUCAGUAGCACUGGAAAGUAUUACAAACCGAAUGUAUCCCAUGUAAUCAUAUCCACUGGAGUUGUCGUUGGGACUUUAAUUGUGGUCUGCUACCUCCUGUUUUCAGGCUGGAAGCUGAACAAGAUGUCAAUGAGUUAUCUCAUAAAUCAGAGCCUUUCAUUAUAA